UUUUCUUCCUUCUUCAGCAAGCCUGCAGAGGCCAAUGUCUCCUCCAGUCCCUGAGCAGGAGGUGGUUUUGGUUUCUUCUUUUGAGGUGGGAGUGGAGACUGGCAUUUGGUGGCCAUGCUGCUGGGGAAGUCCGAGAACCAGAUCACAAGUCUUGCUCGUCUGGAAGCCGGCAGAACACUCAGCAUCACUUACUUUUAAAAUCUGAAAAUAAUCCCAACAUAUAGUUAAGAUUGACACCCAUUAUGUCAAAAGAUUGCUGGGACCUAGAAUCUAUCAUACAUGUCUCACUCUGCAAUUUUACCUUUAUGCUUUGCAUCUCCUUGUCAUAUUGCUGCUUUCUGAAGUAUUCCUGAGCUCAUUUUCUCAACUCACUAAAUUAUCUUUUGGAUAUAAACAUUUCAGACCACCUACUGAAGUAUGCAUCUUAACAGUCUUAUAAAAAAAUUUUAGUCUGUAUUAUGGUUUAUAUUUUAUGUACACAAAAUGGCCUUGUAUCUCUUUGUGAGCAUGAAAUAUCCUUCACUAAAUUCUCACUCUGCCACUAAUUUUUUUUUAAUGUUUCAUGUCUUUCACAGUGUGGAGUUUCCUUAAGUGCUUGGUGGUCUUUGUUCUGUUCUGACAAUUGUGGUUGAGGUUUCUGGUUAAACAAACUUCUGUCUAAUUGCACAGCCUACUUUAAGGGUGGACUACCUGUGCAGAAUAUUCUACUCUCUCCUAUAUUUACUUAGAAAGAGACAAAUUUAGGAUUGCCUAAUGAACAAGGUACGUCAUUUGCUACAUGAAUAUUUCCUGUUCUGUCUGGACAUUAGCAGAAAUCCAGGACAUUAAUCUCUCCUAUCUAAUGAAGGAAAUAGCAAAGUUCUUCCCCAAAUGAAGCAUAUUCUAUCUCCCUGCUUGCUAACAUUAAGAAGACUGACCCCAUUUGUUUCUUAGCAGGCAUGCCCAGGCUGUCCCAGUCAUGUCUUAACUUGUAUUGCAUACCUUCCCUUAUUUAGAUAAGUCAAAUCCUUUCUAAGUAACUUCCUCUUUUCUUUCUUUGUUCCUGCCCCUUACCUAUUUAAGAAAGUUUUAAAGUACUAGCCAAUCAAGUCUAGUUUAGACUGUGAAGUCUGGCUCCAGCCAGUAGAUGUAGGACACAGCAAUAAGGACACAGCUACUUAAAAGAUAAAUAUUUCUGCCUUUCCUUUGUUCAUUGCACUCCUGUGGCAAGACUGUUGGUGAGUAGUGCCCUUUCUGCAGAAAGUAACAUGCUUUACUAGGAAAACUUACAGUCCGAGUGCUAAUUCUUCUUAGUAACACCAGAGAAUAAGCAUUGAUUUCCCACACCUAAGCUCUCAUGUCCAUGAUUUUUACCUGGAAGCUGACUCCUCACCAUUGUUUCCUGGCCCCAGGGAAAUGUCUGUGUCUGAAAAGGGGGCUGCUUGGAUGAAAGUCUGAAUCCACCUAGCUACCUGAACUGUAAUUUUCCCAUUAACCAUAUUGUCAGUUAACAUUGGAAACACUUACCUUCUUACUUCCCUCGUCUCUGAGUGCCAACCCACCUUUCCAACAAUAGUCUCUUCAGCCCUUUUUGGUUGUUGAUUCACUCUACAAGACAAUCUGAUAUACUUUUGAUUUUUCAAGAAGUUCUUAAUUUUUAUUUCACCAAGUUCCAUUAUUCUAAUAUAGUUACUAUAUAUGUACAUAUACCUUUUCAAUCCAUCUAAUGCUUGAGGCAAUAGAGUGGGUCUGUUGCAUAUCCUUGCUACUGAAUUUUGAACUGGAAUUUUAAAACAUCAAUUGUGGAUUUUCAAUAAACAUUUCAUCAUGCCUUAAAAAACACAUUAAAGUAAAAUUGAAUUGACAUGGAAAAUGUGAAAUUUUUAAGAAAAUCCAAUCUCCAUAUUCAGUUUAAUUUAAGAAAUAUUUAUUAAGUGCCCAUUUUACAGCAAACACCAUGCAAUUCUCUAAGGAAGCCAAGAUGAGUAGAAUUAGUAAAUCAUGAACUCUGACCUCACACAUUUAAAUAUGUAAUGCUUGUGUAGAGUAGUCAGAGUAAUCAUGAAAGAGCAUGUGACUUACUGGAGUUGCUGAGAAGCUGAAGUGACUAAUUUUGGAGUAGUAGAGUGGGUGGAUAAGGAAACCUUCACAGAGGAAGUGGCAUAUAGGUUGGAUAAACACAGGUUUGCCAGAAAACACGAAUGGGAAAACUAUGGGGAUGCAUGUUUAUCUUUAAAAUCAGAAGGAGCUGCAUGUGCCCAAGCACAGGAGGGAGGAAGAGGAAGCAUGGCAUGUUUGCCAAAUGGUAAGUAGCUAGAAUUACUAUUGUGUAAAAUGCAGAUGGAGAGGAAAGAAGAUGAAGAUGAAAUAUUGGGCAAAACUAGCUCUUGAAAAUUCUUACUAAAGAACGUGAAUUUUAUUACUUAAGUUAUGGAGGACCUAUUGAAGACUUUUACAUGGAAUAGUGGUAUCAUCAGAAUAAUUUGGAUUUAUUCAGGUAGUAGUAUUGUAGAUGAAUGGGUGAUAAAAAUUAGUAUGAUAGAGACCAUUGAAAAUUAUAUGAAGGGAGCCUAAACCAAGGCCAUGUUUGACAAUGGAACUAGAAAGAACAGUUCUGAGAUAUACAAAGCAAAAUAUGCAAGACUUGGAGAAAACUUAGAUAUAAAGAGGUAGAGGAUGGACAAUUAUGUCAGUAGAUGGAGGAUGGAGGAUGGAGAGUGGACAGUGACUCCAAUCCUGGAUGACUAAAUAGGUGGAGGAUGGAUAGUGACCUCAGUCCUGGAUGACUGAAUAGAUGGAGAAUGGGGGAUGGACAAUGACUCCAAUUCUGGAUGGCUGAAAAGAUGGAGAAUGGAGGGUGGACAGUAACUCCAGUCCUGGAUGGCUGAAUAGAUGGAGGAUGGAGGAUGGACAGUGAUUCCAAUCCUGGUUGAAUGAACUGAUAAAGGAUGGAAGAUAGACAGUGAUUCCAAUCCUGGAUGGCUGAAUAGAUGGAGGAUAGAGGAUGAACAGUGAUUCCAAUCCUGGAUGGCUGAAUAGAUGGAGGAUGGAGGGUAGACAGUGAUUCCAAUCCUGGAUGGCUGAAUAGAUGGAGGAUAGAGGAUGAACAGUGAUUCCAAUCCUGGAUGGCUGAAUAGAUGGGGGAUGGAGGGUAGACAGUGAUUCCAGUCCUAGAUGAAUGAACUGAUAAAGGAUGGAAGGUGGAUAGUGAUUCCAAUCCUGGAUGGCUGAAUGCCUCCUAACCCUGGAUGUCUGAAUACAUGGAGCUGAGUUGGUAGACAAUGAUUCUAGCCUUUGAUUUCUAAAUGGAUGAAGAACUGCCAAUUCAACCUGGAAAGAAAAAUAGGAGCAAGAGCAGAAAAUUCUGUCACACAGAAAUGGGACCAUUCAUUCAGAUUUGUUACAUAGGAAUUUGAAUAUACAUAUAUUUGAAAUUGGAAGACAGAGAUUUUAAGGAGAGCAUUAGAUAGUGUAAAAUUCCAGAGAAAAGCCAGCUAAUAUAAAGAGAAAACCUUAAGCACUCAAUUUAGCAAAUGCAUAGUGCAAUGAAUUGGAAUACACAAGUUUCUUGCCAAAGGUAACAACACUGUAAAACACUUUUUAACACCUAGUCAGAGAAGUUCAAUAUAUUUAUUCAGAAGUGGAUUGUCUAGGGGAUACUUUACUGAAAAGUCAGCAGACUUCUCUCUAUGCAGAAAGAGUAAUUACAGGUCAUAGAAAGAGGUUGGUUAUGUGAUCUUAGACUUACUGGUACAUGCCUCAAGCCAACAUUUUUAAGUGCUUGGAUGUGGUUCAGCUUAUCUUUUCCCACUAUUGCUUUUGGCUUUUAACUUCUUAGCCACUCUCAUUCCAGAAUACAUAUAGCUCAUGUGCAUUCUAAAGGUCAUAGUUAACAUCCAUGUGAGGUCUCCAAUAUAGGACAAAAUUAAUUUAUUUUCCAUCUAUGCUGCUUUCCUAUCUUCUUUUGUAGAAAAAAAGUAAAAAAUAAAAUGAAAUGAAAUAAAUCAAAUUAAAGUUAAUUUAAGAAUUUUCCUCUGAAGGUUUUUUUUUAAAUAAAAUUCUAAUUUAAUUUCAGAGGAAUAUCUUUGAUUCUCCUCUGAAAACACUUUUUGACUGCCAGUUCCUUUACUGGCUGAAUGUAAGUUAACAAACAGUGACCAGUGGGACCUCUUAGUAAUUUAGUAUCAAGGUGACACACAAUUUUAGUUGCUGGAGCACCUUGCAGCAAUGCAAUUAUUUCCUCUGAGAAUUUUAUCAUUCUCCAAAUAGGAUAGAGGCUGUACAAGCAGACUGCCCUUUUUUUGUGAAAAUACGAUUUUUCUUUGCAGUUAAUAUAACAUUGUAGGUACUUAUAUUCAACUGGAGGGAAAAAAAUUCUUGUUUGCUUGAUCUGAAAAUACUUUUGCUACAAAUUACAAGCAGUUUGUGCAGAAAAGUAAUGAGUAUCCGUAUUUACUUUAUUCUGCUCUGGGCGAUUUUUUUUAGGGCCUGUGGAAAUAAAGUGCUGACAAUUUUGGAUUGUUUUACAUGCACUCAGCUUUUGUUUUUCUUUCAGUGUCUAUGUUCCCCAAAUAUUUGGGAAAAAGUUUUACACAAUCAUCUACCUAAAAUCUUCAGUGGUAUAUAGUCAAAAUCAGUGAUUAUUUUCUAUAAAGCUCAUUACAAUACAUAAAUAUAUAUUCAACUGGUCAAGUGGUCUUUAACACUAGCAAUAUUAUUUGCAUUACAAUUUUUGGAUUCAUUCGCAAGUAAACCUGUUGUUUCACUGUGAUGCAAUCUGCUACGUCACAGGCUUUUAGUCAGACCAUCCAGUGUUGAAUCCUGGGUGUGCUGCUUACUACCUGACCAAACUGGGGCAAGUUGUUUUGCCUGCUCCCUCAGUAUAAAAAGCAUCCACUUCAGAACUGCACUGGGAUUGCCUAGAACAGUUCCUAGAAAAUUUAAGUGCCAGAUAUGUGUGUGAUUCUUUCUUUUCUCUUGUUCUUCAUUUUUCUUCAUCUUAUUGUUUUUUAUAAGUAUGAUGCUUCAACAUCUGCCUUUUUUUUUUUUUUUAAGGCAGCAUCAUCUUGCUCUGCUGCCUGGGCUGGAGUGCAAGGGUGCUAUCAUGGCUCACUGCAGCCUUGAUCUUCCUGGCUCAAAUGAUCCUCCCACUUCAACCUCCUGAGUAGCUGGGACCACAGGUGUGUGCCACCAUGCUUAGCUAAGUUUUAUAUUUUUUGUAGAGACAGGGGUUCACCAUGUUGCCCUGGCUGGUCUCAAACCCCUGGUCUCAGGUGAUCCUCCCACCUCAGCCUCCCAAAUUCUGGGCUUACAGGUGUGAGACUCUGCGCCCAGCCCCAACAUCUGUCUUAUUAAUAUUUAAACUGUGCUUAAGAAAAGGUUGUAGUUUGAACCUACCUGGAAAUAUCAAAGAGACAUUUUUAUUUUAUUUGGGGAGAACUACAAUUUUGGAGAUUUAGAGAUGACCUCUUUAUUUUUUUGCUACCACUUCUCUUGCACAGGGAAGUUUAUUUCCUGGAAGAAAGCAUCAUGUUCACAUUUUCUCAUAAUCUUUGCUGAGCAGCAAUGCUAACAUUUUGCUCCUGGUUUGCUUAUGGGAUUUUCCUUCUGACCUCCAGCUUAUUUAUUUCUUUAUUCUUUGCUCUAAUUUAUUUGUUCAGGAUCAGGUGAAUGGGAGCUAAAUGCAGUGUUGCUUGUUCUGGUUGACAGACAUCAAGCAUUUGUGAAGCAUACACUGAGUACACUAAGCACCUAACAUUGGGUUAACCCCAGAAACAAAAUUGGAACAAAAUGGUUCCUGCCUUCAAGAAGUCCCUAUUCCAAGCAAGGCACACAUUUAGCAACACAUUAAUCCUUUGACGUAAAAAUGCAUAAAUUGUUGUGGAUAAGAGAGAGAAAGUUGUUCCAACUUGAAAAAACAAAUGGGCUAAGCCCGGGAUAAGCAUAACCAUACGCUGCAUUUGGGGAUUGCCAAAACAAGAAUUGCAUCAGACAGGGUAAAUAGGCAAGGAAGACUUUAUUCAAGGCUAUUGUCUUACAGAAAAGAGGCCAAGCUCAGUGUGAAUUUAACUCCACUGAAAGGAAGAACAUAAGAAUUUUUAAGAACUGAGUGAGAGAGGGAAUACAGCCUGUUUGGGUUGGCUGAUUAGCGUCACCCAAAGGAAAAGUAAACUUUCUCAUAUCUUGGUGAAGGGAGGUAGUUUUACAGCUUAGAACAAGGUGCCCCCUAAGUUGGGCUUCUACCCUACAGGAGGCACUGGGAUAGAGGGGCAUCAUCUUCCUUGAUGUUUAUGUUUCCAAAACAUCUUUUCCCAGGUCCUUGAAAAAGACAGUUCUGGAUGGUAAAAAUUUGCAAGAGGCACUUUAAAAAGUUUACGUACAUCACAGAGGAAUGGAGAAAUAAUUUACAUAUUUUCUAAAGUAAAUGCUCUAAGAAAAGGAUCAGGACUAAAGUCUGAUCAUGCCGAGGGGCUCAUUAAGGCUGUCUUAGGUGGGAUCCACACCCUGGGGCACAGGAGUCUGGUCGGAAGAGGUGGCCAAAGACGAAAAGGUGUCCAGGCCAGAUCACGGGUAAUCGUGGAAGUCCUGAUAUGGGGUUCAGACAGCAUGCUUUAGGAACCAGGAAUCACUGAAAGAUUUUAAGCAUGGGAAUGGAAUCAUUAAACUUAUACAUUUAAAAAGUAGAAACAUUUGCAUAUUUUUAUGAUAGAAAAAUUGAAAGAGAUAAAAUCAGUCAGAGGAGGAAUAAAAAAUAUAAAGGGAAUUAUCCUUCUUGGUCCCUAAAAAUCUGUGAUGUGGGUGUUUAUUAUUCCCACUUUCAUAUGAUAAAUCAGAGACUCAGAGUACUCUAAUAUCUUUUCCAAAUGUUAUAUACUUAGUAAAUGUGGGCAGUUUCAAGCUCAAGCUGUCUCCCAGUGAGCCCGAGAGCUUCUCACUUGGCAGUGGGGCUAGUGAAUCAGUGGCCAUCAAACAAAACGUGUUGUGGGUUUGCUUUGCCAGAUAGGAGACACCAUGUGAAUGGCGGGGUACGGUUAUUCUGGAAGUACGGCACUGGCGGGGUACGGUUAUUCUGGAAGUAUGGCACUGGCGGGGUACGGUUAUUCUGGAAGUAUGGCACUGGCGGGGUACGGUUAUUCUGGAAGCAUGGCACUGGCGGGGUACGGUUAUUCUGGAAGCAUGGCACUGGCGCGGUACGGUUAUUCUGGAAGUAUGGCACUGGCGCGGUACGGUUAUUCUGGAAGCAUGGCACUGGCGCGGUACGGUUAUUCUGGAAGCAUGGCACUGGCGGGGUACGGUUAUUCUGGAAGCAUGGCACUGGCGCGGUACGGUUAUUCUGGAAGCAUGGCACUGGCGGGGUACGGUUAUUCUGGAAGUAUGGCACUGGCGGGGUACGGUUAUUCUGGAAGUACGGCACUGGUGCGGUACGGUUAUUCUGGAAGUACGGCACUGGCGGGGUACGGUUAUUCUGGAAGUACGGCACUGGUGCGGUACGGUUAUUCUGGAAGUACGGCACUGGCGGGGUACGGUUAUUCUGGAAGUAUGGCACUGGCGCGGUACGGUUAUUCUGGAAGUAUGGCACUGGCGGGGUAUGGUUAUUCUGGAAGCAUGGCACUGGCGGGGUACGGUUAUUCUGGAAGUAUGGCACUGGCGCGGUACGGUUAUUCUGGAAGUAUGGCACUGGCGCGGUACGGUUAUUCUGGAAGUACGGCACUGGCGGGGUACGGUUAUUCUGGAAGCAUGGCACUGGCGGGGUACGGUUAUUCUGGAAGUAUGGCACUGGCGCGGUACAGUUAUUCUGGAAGUAUGGCACUGGCGCGGUACGGUUAUUCUGGAAGUAUGGCACUGGCGCGGUACGGUUAUUCUGGAAGUAUGGCACUGGCGGGGUAUGGUUAUUCUGGAAGCAUGGCACUGGCGGGGUACGGUUAUUCUGGAAGUAUGGCACUGGCGCGGUACGGUUAUUCUGGAAGCAUGGCACUGGCGGGGUACGGUUAUUCUGGAAGUAUGGCACUGGUGCAAUUAUGGAAGACUGCAAAGUAAAUCACAUCAAUGUCAGAUGGAUUAAGACGGACGUCAGCUCCUUCUGGGGUCCUGGCCAAUGUGAGCUUCUUUUGGUUUCUUAGGUCAAAUGAGAUAAUGCAUAUAAAACAGCUUUACAACCUGCAAAAUCCUAAGAGAUGAAGGCUAUUGCUUUCACAUUAGAAUAAUAUAAAUUGUUUAUAAAUCAGUUUCCAUUUUAAGUGCACUAGGGCGGAUUAUAUUCAGUGGCAUCCCAUCAUGAAUUAUUUAUAAAGUGAGGAAUUUCUUCCUGUUGUAUAAUUGUGGAGUUUCACAUUUUUUUGGGCUGUCUGUGGAUGACUACAAAACCCUCUUUGAAAUCCAGAACAUCGCUUUGAGAAAACAUCUAUUUAAAUAUGCAUCGUUUGAACUGUUUUGUGUUGCAGGUUAUGGAAAAUGCACUUAAGUUGUUUUAAACAACAAAGUUAAUUUACUGUGUUUUGUAACUAAAACUCUGGCAGUAGAGGAGGCUUUAUGUCCCAACUCAAACAGUGUAUCUGGGGUUGUGUUUCAUUCUGACUCUUCCCUCUGCCGCACUCUGCGGUGGUUUCAUUUUAGCCCUGUGGGUGUGGCAUGAGCUCCUGUCACUCUUCCUCCAGCCCUUCCUGAUGCCACAGAAAAAUGGCUUUAACGUCCUAGACCUCAAUUCUUACAUCACAUAGUUCAAAAUAAGAGAGAAGUUCUCUCUCAGGAUCUCCUUUGAAAAAUGGAGGAAAUUUCUCUUUCUUAGAAGACCUCAGCAAAUAUCUCACAGAAGAGAACCUCAGUGUUCUUUGAUUAAUGGAUAUUCCCCAAAACCAAUCAGUGUGACCAGAAAAUGGGCUUCAUUGACUGCUGUAAGACAGUCAUCCCUCCUUUACUCCACCCCUGCAGCUGAGCUGGCUCAGCCCUCCCACAACCACCUGGGUAUAGUGGUUUCCUGAAGAACAGGUAGCUAGCUAUGCUGGGAAGCAAAGAGAGGACAUUCCCUGCAACUCUCGUUGUAAAUUGCCUUUGUAUUAGCUUGGUGGGUUCUAUCAGAACUAUCCAAACAUAAAUUCAGCAGAUUUCUAUCAAAUAGAUCGAUUUCCUUUGGCAUUUCGUUUUGAAUUACUUUGAAGUUUGUCAGAUCCAUCUCCAAGAGUUUUAUUAUGCACUCAUUUAUAUUUUCUUCAGACUAUUUUUGGUUUAAUUAAUAGCUUAGUGUUUUGCUUAGUUGUAUCUGGAGUCCAGGAAGGCUUUAUGUUUUCCCACUUUUCCUAAGUUCUCAUCAUUCUUUAUUGAAAAACUGUUCUUCUUUGUGCUGUUUUCUUUAACAUGUAUAUAUAUCAGUUUGGUAUUUGUUUUGCUGUACUUAUUUAUUGACUAUUCUUCCUCUAAAACUUUUGCUUGACUGUUAAUCAAUUUUUUAAAUAUUUAACUUGCUUGUAUUUUGACAUUAAAGUCAAAGUAUUUACAUGGUGGUUUUUAAAUCAAGGAUAAACAAGAUUAAAAUCUCCUUCCCAUGCCUGAAAACUCCGAUGCCAUUUCCCAGAGAUAAUAAUUUGUCAUAUUUCUUUCCAUAAAUGUUCAAUUUUUCAUUCACACAUAUGCAUAAAAAUGCACAAAGAGGAACUUACCCUGCACACUGUUCUAAAUCGUGAUCCUUACAAACAAUAUAUGAAAGCUAUUUCUGUAGUAGCAAGUAAAAAUCUUUCUUAUUCUUUAUAAUAAUUAGAGUAUAUGACUUUAUGGAUGUGCUAUAGAUUAUUUAGCUGGCACUCUUUUAAAAAUUAUUGCCAUUGUAUAAUGCUGCAGUGAACAUUCAGGCUUUUAAUACAGCUGUCCCCAACCUUUUUGGCACCAGGGAUUGGUUUUGUGGAAGACCAUUUUUCCACAGACAGGAGUUCCCCAGGCUCAGGGGGUAGGGGAGAUGGUUUUGGGGUGAAACUGUUCCACCUCAGAUCAUCAGGCAGUAGAUUUCCCAGAAGGAAUGUGCAGGUCACAAUAGGGUCACGUUCCUGUGAGGAUCUAAUGCUGCUGCUGAUCCAACAGUUGGCGGAGCUCAGGCAGGGCAGUCAUGCUUCCUGGCCUCCUGCUGCCCAGGUCUUCACAGGCCACAGAUCAGUAGUGGGCCAUGGCCCGGGGCUUGGGAACCCAUUUUAAUAUGUCUUUAUUCAUGUGCAAGUAAAUUAUUAGAAAUAGUGUCUUUGGGUGGAUAGCUGGAUCAGAAGAUAUGUGUAUCAUGAGUUUGGGAGAGCUCAAUUGCCCUCCAAAGAGGCUGCAUAAUCACAUCUUUCCAGCAAGAAGACAGGGCGGUGCUGAGAUUUAGACUCUAAAACAGCAUGUCCAACACUUCAGCUUUGCCAACAGGAAGGGGAAAACAAGGAUCUUACCCUUUACAUGUGUAUCCGGUCAUCUGCUUGAGUGAUUUUCUUCAAACCUGCUUCUAAUCUCUACUACUCUUAGGAUCACAGACUCGCGCUUCCUCCUCCAAUGCAAAACUCCAUUGAACUUGAAGUGGCAGAGCUCUGCCUAGAGAGUGUGAGGAAGACUACACACUCAGCCAGCAAGGCCCUCAUUGGUGGACAAGUAAAGAGGACAAUCGUGG